UCUAGAUGUGCCCCUGUAUUAUUACAAGAUCAUGUCUCUCUAUGACAUAGUCCUGGGGAUCAUCUUCUUUUCUCAGACUGGAGUUGGGGUCCUGGGCAACUCCUUACUCUUCUGCUUUUAUGUCUUUACUUUGUUUAGCAGCCACAGGUCAAGGCUAUUGGACCCCAUUCUGGUCCAACUAACACUGACUAACACCAUAGUGCUCCUCUCUAAAGGAUGCCCACUAGUAAAUUUCUAUUUUGGGGAUGUUUAUUUCCUGGGAAACUUAGGCUGUCAAAUGGUAUUUUACUUCCAAAGGAUGAGCCGGGGCCUUGCUGCCUGUACCACGUGUCUCCUGAGUAUCUUUCAGGCUGUCACUAUUAGUCCCAGCAGCUCCAGGUUGGCCAAACACAAAGUCAGAGUUCUGAAGCUCAUCAGGCCCUCGUGUCUCCUCUGCUGGAUAUUCAACAUGAUCAUAGAAGUAAACGUGCCCUUUCAUAUAACUGGAUCAAAGAGGAUCAACAGCAGCCACACAGGGGGAUUUGAAGUCCUUUAUUGCUACUGGGAAAAGGUGUUAAAGGAAGUAACCAUCCUGCCCUCCCUGCGAGACAUCCUUUGUGUUGGAGGCAUGGUCUGGGCCAGCGGCUACAUAAUAGUUCUGCUGUACAGACAUCAACGGAAAGUCCAGCACAUUCACCGCACGAGCCUCUCACAGAAGACUUCUCCGGAGAUCAGGGCCACCCAAACCAUCCUGCUGCUGCUGAGCAUCUUUGUUUCUGCUUACUGCAUCAGCUGUGGCUUCACACUGUACAAAGUGUAUGUGACUCAUUCGGGUGACUGGCUGGUGGUCGUGUCUACUUUCACCGCCUUGUGUUUCCCAACCAUCAGCCCCUUUUUGCUCAUUCACAGGGACAGUCAGAUCUUCAGCUCCUGCUGUGCCUCCUGGCAGAAGUCAAUUCUCAAUUCUUGGAAUAGCUGUGGGGAUUUCCAAGUCGAUUCAUCUCUGGAUCAAAUUUCUUAGUGAAGAUUUCUGGGAAAGGUCCCGUAACAUAGUGAAUCCAAGUGGACCUGGACCUAUGGGUGAGGUAGAUUUCAGCCUUUCCCAAUGUUAAAUAUAUGACAUAUAGGUUUGAAGGAGGAUAUGGGAUGCUCCUAUUAGCUUAUGGUUUGAAUUGUAAAGUCCUCUGUAUAAGCUCUUGCCAAAGUUAUUCUUAAAUCUCUUUCCAGCAAUAUUGGCUGUUACUCCUCCUCUAGUACUUUACAUUCUUCCCAAAUCAUAAUUCCCUUGGUUUCUCCCACAUACUUUAUUUAUGAUCUCUGUUUAAUUGCUUUGUAUUUUUUUACUUAGUAUUCAUAUUAUAGGAAUAUAUAAAAGUCCUUCCUGUGUCCCUAUUAAAAUGCAACCUCCUUGAGAAUAUAUAAUAUGUUGUGACUUGUAAUCCUCACACCUAGCUGAGAGCCUAAUGAUUUCCUGGCAAAGGAAACCACUAGACUCAUUGACCAUUUUCUUCUCCCAUUCAUUUUAUAGUUGGAGAAACUGAGGAAAAUAUGAUUAAGUCACUUGCCCAGGGUCACUCAGUUAGGAAGUGUCUGAGGUGAGAUUUGAACUCAUGAAGAGGGUUCUUCUUGACUCUAGGCUAGGCACACUAUCUACUGUACCACCUUGUCAUAAUUUGGGGUUCAUGAGGUGUUCAGGAAGGACUGGUACCUCUGUUAUGAAACUUA